GGUGAGAAUACCAAUGAUCAUGAUCCGUCACUCUUUGUUUCUUCUGUGUGUUGGAAGAAAAACACAAAUACCCUAUUGGCAGCCAAUAGUCAAGGAACAAUUAAAGUUCUCGAGCUUGAAUGA